CCUAGGCAAUUUAAAUGGAUUACUAUGCGGAAGCUACCGAGCUAUCUUUGCUAAUGCAAGCAAAUACAUGGAAAAUACGAAUAACGUUUCUUCUAACGUCUAACUACAGAGUUUAAUGUUUUGUGUAAUGUUCGUUGUUGUUUUUCCAGGUGUUUUUUCCCCCGCCAGUUGCAAAGCUCGCUCGGGUUAUCUGUUAGCAUAUUAGCAUAGCGGUGCUACGGAAGUGGCCAGACGUAGAGCUGUCAAAAGCGCACGCUGUGUGUUGUCUCUCCUGUCAUUCCGACUUUGCAACAGUGAGCGGUGUGAGUGUGUGUGUGUGGAAAAAAAACACAGCGCUCCUGUACUUUGCUUCCUGGGCGACAGACUGACUAACUGACUGUCAUGAUGGUGAGUGUGGAAACCAACUGGAACAGGCCGUACCACAUCGUUGUGUUCGGCGCCUCGGGUUUCACGGGACAGUUCGUGGUGGAGGAGGUGGCCCGGACCGCGUGCGAGGGUCCGAACGGGAACCUGCACUGGGCCGUGGCCGGCAGGAGCAAGCAGAAGCUGGACAAAGUCCUGGAGCAGGCCGCCGCUGCUCUCGGUAGGCCAGAGCUAAGGACUGGGAUAGAUACAAUUAUUGCAGAUGUGGGAGAACCGGACUCCCUGGCAGCCAUGUGCAAACAGGCAGUGAUUGUUCUCAACUGUGUGGGGCCUUACAGGUUUUAUGGUGAGCCGGUGGUAAAGGCCUGUGUGGAGAAUGGAGCCCACUGUAUUGACAUCUGUGGAGAGCCUCAGUUUUUGGAGGGCAUGCAGCUGAACUACCACAGCCAGGCAGCUGAGAAAGGUGUGUACAUCGUCGGGAGCUGCGGAUUUGACUCCAUACCUGCUGACAUGGGCGUCCUCUACACCAGGGACCAGUUCAGGGGGACGCUGACGGCAGUGGAGAGCUUCCUGACAGCGAGCUCAGGGCCUGAGGGUGGUUGUAUCCACGAUGGCACUUGGCAGUCUGCCAUCUAUGGUUUCGCUGACAGCGGAAAGCUCAAGAGCCUCAGGAGGAAGUUUAAUCACAAGCCCCUGCCUACCGUCGGCUCCAAGAUCAAACGCAGGGGUGCCCUGUUCUACAGUAAUGAGAUCCAGCAGUACGCGUUGCCCUUCAUGGGAGCCGACCCCUCCGUCGUGAAGAGGACCCAGCGCUUCCUGGCAGAGGAAUAUCAGCAGACACCAGUCCAGUACGGGGCGUACGCAGGAGUUGGAGGUCUCUGUAACAUUGUCAAGAUGAUUUUUGCUGGCAUGAUGUUCUGGUUCCUGGUCAAGUUCAGUUUCGGACGCAACCUGCUCAUCAAGUUUCCCGAGUUCUUCUCCUUCGGAUUCUUCUCCAAGGCCGGACCCACUAGAAAACAGAUGGAGGGUUCAUCCUUCCAGUUUGCCUUCUAUGGAGAGGGCUACACAGAGGGACAGGACCCUUCACAGGGGAAACCGAAUGGCAAGAUCCGCACGCUGGUCCAAGGACCAGAGGCUGGAUAUGUGGCGACGCCCAUCGCCAUGGUACAGGCGGCUCUAACCAUGCUCGGUGAACCCAAGUCCCUGCCCAGGGAGGGAGGCGUUUACACCCCAGGAGCAGCUUUUGCGAGAACCACCUUGAUUGACCGCCUCAACAAGCACGGCAUCCAGUUCUCGGUCCUCUAAGGUUCAUCCCUCUCUGAUGCCGUACUCCAGGUUUCUCCAGCACUUAACUAAGUUUCAUUUAUAACAAUGGGGAACUGGGAGGUUUCCAAAUUCGGUGAGAACCAUCUCAUCACCCGAGCCGACAGUCGAGGCAUAGAGCACACAUUCAGAUAAAGUUUGAGCACUUCAGGCUCCGGUGAUGACUCUGUCCUCCCGUUAUUUGUCUUCUUCAUUUGUUCAGAAACCUGCCAGUCCCCAUUUGGCUUGACUAUACGAUUAACCCUCUGCUUGCUGGACUUGAUAGUGUGACAGGACACAGUGUGUCUUAGCCCUAGAAUGUAGGACAGUUUUGUCGACACAGACUUGGUCUCUGUUCCUCGACUAACCUGAUUGUUACUAUAGAAAGAAGGACUUAGUUCAGGAUUUGGUUUAAAACAUGCCAGUUAGCCCAGUUGUUAGAAAGAAAUGUUGCAUUUUGAGUUGUAAUGUCAUUUUACAUUUGCACUUCAGUUUACUGAAAAUGGCCAAUUAUCUUCGAAACCAAUGUGUGUCAUCUGGUAAUAGGAAAAUACAAAUACAUCAAGGCAACCCUUAAUCAGGCAGAAAUGGAGGUAUGAUAAAACGACACAGUUACAAAUUCACACAAUUCCUUCAGUGUUCUUCAAUUUGUAUUAUCUGGAUAAAAAAUUGUUCUUAUGUUAGAGUUUAUUGCAGUGUUUGUUUAUAUAGGAAUAAUUAGUCUGAUUUCCAACACUAUGUGACCCAAAGAUAUGAACAGAUCUUAAUUUUCUUUAACACGACAAACUGCACAGAUCAAAUUCACUCAGAGGAAAUCAGUGUGGCUGAUAUAGUGAUAUAGUAAAAAUACUCUUGGCUAUAAUUGUGGGGGGAAAAAGUGUCAACCAUAUUUAUAAAUGUAGCCAAUCUGUCAUAGUUUGAAAGCACCUGAGUACAAGUAGCACUAACAAGCUAGUAGCACUGGUUUUCUUUUGGCUCAGUGAAGUAAAACCAUCAACAGAGAGUAAAAGCAUCUUCUUGCUGUGUGUGCACGCAUUUGCCUGCCUGCCUGUCCUAGCCUGCUCCUCAAAAUCCUGACUGCUUGGUUUUCUGAUAUGCAAUAUUUCAUGACGACAAAGUUAUUCUGCUCUCCAGAAAAGGUUUUUUGAAUUGAACGCUGCACCAAUUGGCCCAUCCAAACCUGUUUCCAGAGCCUUGACAGAGAAAUGCAUCGAGCUGUCUCUGCAUAAAGGAGCAUGACAUCCUCCAUAAAACUGAUCGGCCAAACUCUGCUGGGCAUUUAACAAACGUAAACUGCAUUUUUAUUUGUUGGUUGUCCAAAGAAGUGCUUGCCACUUACGAGGAGUGAAUCUGUUGGUCACACAAACAGCAGUAAUGUUAACCUCAGUCCCAAAUUUUUCUUGAUAUAUGAAUGUGCGUGCACAAAGUGUGUUACAGUUUGGGUUUUCUGUCUUUGGCUUGUUGGGUUUUUUGUCUUUGGCUUGUACUGCUCUCAAUAAAUAAAGCCAACUCUACUGAUGGGUA